AUGAGCCAUAUACUUUGUGCUGGUAGCAUAAGUAUCAUAACCAGUAAUACUAAUGUGAACAGUUUUGGUAGUAGAAAUAAUAUCAAUAAUAUACCUACUUUAAGUAGUAUUAUAAGUGUUGAUAAUAUGAAUGAUAUAAGAAGUAAUAGUUUUCGUAGUAGAGGUAAUAAAAUUGGCAUGAGCAGCAUCGAUGGUAUCAAUGAUAUGGUGCAUCCUACAAAUACAAAUACCGUUCGUAGUCCAAAUAGUUAUGAUGAUAUAUAA